AUGAGGAAAUAUAGGGUUAACCACCGUCAGUCCCCCCCAUAUCAUCCGCAAAGUAAUGAUCAAGAGUAUUUUGGAGAAAACGGUGAGGCCUUUGAGGAAGGAUUGGUGCAAGAGGCUAGACGAGGCCUUGUGGGCUUAUCGUACCGCUCAAAAAACCCCGAUCGGCAUGUCACCAUACAGAUUGGUUUUCGGCAAAAUGUGCCAUCUUCCUGCGGGUAUCAAACAGUAAAAGAAGUGAACAUGCAACCCCAUGCUUGUGCUGAGGAAAGGAAACUCCAACUGCAGGAGUUGGAAGAGCUUAGACUGGAAUCGUACGAUGCUGCUAUGUGGUAUAAGGAAAAAACUAAGUUGUGGCAUGACAAGAACCUCCGACUGAAGGAGUUGAAAGUUGGACAUAGAGUUCUUUUGUUCCUGUCAAGACUCAAAUUGAUGUCUGGGAAGUUGAAGUCGAAGUGGACAGGGCCUUACACCAUCAUCGCCCUAAGAGCGAAUGGAGCAGUGGAGCUGCAGGGAAGUGACCCAAACUCUGCUCCUUUUCUGGUUAAUGGUCACCGUGUGAAACCUUUUAGGGAUAACUCGGAGGUGCGCACAGUGGAAGAAAUUCAACUGCGCAUACCCGGUGUUCUCACCUAA